GGGCCAGGGAGCUGGGAAGGCGCCGAGCAUCCAUCCCCGAAGGGAGCGCCCGGCUCUGCCUGCCCCCAAGGCGAAGAGAAACCUGGCCGGAUCAGAGAGUUGCCGGGGACGAGGACCUGAUCGCAGCCGGGGAACAGGAUUUUAGCAUCCUGAACUAUAUUGGAUCAGUAGUCAUUAAAAUUUAUCCCACACUGACCUGUCACCAUGUCUAAGUUGAAGAGCUCAGAAUCGGUCAGGGUAGUGGUACGAUGUCGUCCUAUGAAUGGCAAAGAAAAAGCUGCUUCAUAUGAUAAAGUGGUUGAUGUGGAUGUCAAGCUAGGGCAGGUGUCAGUCAAGAACCCCAGGGGAACAUCUCAUGAGAUGCCCAAGACUUUUACCUUUGAUGCUGUCUAUGACUGGAAUUCCAAGCAGUUUGAACUUUAUGAUGAGACUUUCAGACCUCUUGUAGACUCUGUCCUUCAGGGUUUCAAUGGAACCAUCUUUGCAUAUGGGCAAACAGGGACUGGGAAAACCUACACAAUGGAAGGAGUUCGUGGUGAUCCUGAGAAAAGAGGUGUAAUACCUAACUCCUUUGAUCAUAUCUUUACCCACAUUUCUAGAUCCCAGAAUCAGCAGUACCUUGUCAGAGCUUCUUACCUAGAAAUAUACCAAGAAGAAAUCCGAGAUCUGCUGUCAAAAGAUCAGACAAAAAGGCUUGAACUAAAAGAGAGGCCAGACACUGGUGUCUAUGUGAAGGAUCUAUCCUCCUUUGUUACAAAGAGUGUCAAGGAAAUAGAGCAUGUCAUGAAUGUAGGAAAUCAAAAUCGUUCAGUUGGUGCUACCAAUAUGAAUGAACACAGUUCUCGCUCUCAUGCUAUCUUUGUUAUCACUAUUGAGUGCAGCGAAGUAGGGCUUGAUGGAGAAAAUCAUAUCCGUGUGGGGAAGUUGAACCUAGUAGAUCUUGCAGGCAGUGAACGCCAAGCCAAGACAGGAGCUCAAGGGGAAAGGUUGAAAGAAGCCACCAAGAUUAACCUGUCCCUUUCAGCUUUGGGCAAUGUCAUAUCUGCCCUUGUAGAUGGCAAGAGCACUCAUAUUCCCUAUCGGGACUCAAAACUUACCAGGCUCUUACAAGACUCCUUAGGUGGCAAUGCUAAAACUGUGAUGGUGGCCAAUGUUGGGCCUGCCUCUUAUAAUGUGGAAGAAACCCUCACCACACUGAGAUAUGCCAACCGUGCCAAAAAUAUUAAGAAUAAGCCAAGAGUUAAUGAGGAUCCUAAAGAUGCCCUACUUCGAGAAUUUCAAGAAGAGAUUGCUCGGCUUAAGGCCCAGUUGGAAAAACGUUCUAUUGGCAAAAGGAAAAAAAGGGAAAAACGCCAAGAAGGAGUUGGAGGCAGAGAGGAAGAAGAGGAAGAGGAAGAGGGAGAAGGUGAAGAAGGUGAGGAUGAAGGUGAGGAUAAGGAUGACUACUGGAGGGAGCAGCAAGAGAAACUGGAGAUUGAAAAGAAGGCCAUUGUAGAGGAUCACACCUUGGUAGCUGAAGACAAGAUGAGAUUAUUAAAGGAGAAGGAGAAAAAGAUGGAGGAUCUGAGGAGGGAGAAAGAUGCUGCAGAAAUGCUGGGUGCCAAGAUCAAGGCCAUGGAAAGUAAGCUACUUGUUGGAGGAAAAAAUAUAGUUGACCAUACCAAUGAACAACAAAAAAUACUUGAGCAAAAACGACAGGAAAUUGCAGAGCAAAAACGUCGGGAACGUGAAAUUCAACAACAGAUGGAAAGUCGGGAUGAAGAAACACUGGAGCUGAAGGAGACUUAUAGCUCUUUGCAACAAGAAGUGGACAUCAAGACCAAGAAACUCAAAAAGUUGUUUUCUAAGCUCCAGGCUGUAAAGGCAGAAAUACAUGACCUUCAAGAAGAACAUAUCAAAGAGCGGCAGGAGCUGGAACAAACUCAAAAUGAGCUCACCAGAGAAUUGAAACUCAAAGGCCACAUUACUAUAAUGUGUGUAUGUAUUUACAGGCAUCUUAUUAUAGAAAACUUCAUUCCUUUGGAAGAGAAAGGCAAAAUCAUGAAUAGAUCCUUUUUUGAUGAGGAGGAAGAUCAUUGGAAAUUGCAUCCCAUAACCCGACUGGAUAAUCAGCAGAUGAUGAAGCGACCUGUUUCAGCUGUGGGUUAUAAGAGGCCACUUAGCCAACACGCGAGGAUGUCCAUGAUGAUUCGUCCAGAGGCCCGAUAUAGGGCAGAGAAUAUUGUAUUACUAGAAUUGGAUAUGCCUAGCCGGACUACCAGAGACUAUGAAGGUCCCGCUAUUGCUCCUAAAGUCCAAGCUGCUUUGGAGGCUGCUCUACAAGAUGAAGAUGAAAUACAAGUGGAUGCCUCAUCCUUUGAGAGCACAUCAAAUAAGAAAUCCAAGGCUAGGCCCAAAAGUGGAAGGAAGUCAGGAUCCUCCUCGUCUUCUUCUGGAACUCCUGCAUCUCAGCUUUAUCCACAAUCCCGGGGGCUGGUUCCAAAAUAAAACCAGUGACUCCUCUCAAGGUGUGAGCAGCAGCUGCCAACCUUCUGAGAGAAGAAACCAGCAAAAACCUGCAGAAAGGCCUUCUGACCACACCAAGAACCCCUUCUCUUAGGGAAUCAUGAAAACCUCUUUGCUAAAUAAUUGACUUGUAUCUAAAUGUGCUGGUCCUGGGGUUCUGAAACAUGGAAGAAGAGAUUUAUAAUUAGGCAUUCAGCCCUUUGGGAGAAAUUAUUUUAGUUAGUAAUCAGAAAUGCAUGGGUUACAGUAAAGUAUGUUAGUGGCAAUGAGGUGUUCCUUUUUCCUUCAAUUUCAAUGUUUGUUGCACUGAGCUCCCUUGCUGUUGGGCAGAUGGGACAGAGUUGAGAGUUAUGGGAGCUGGAUCAGCUCUCCAGAGCUGUAGGGCCAAAUGACAGGGAAGUUGACAAGAAAAGACUUAAAAUGUGAUUUGACACAUUCUCUGUUUAGAGAAAUCCAAGGAACUUCAUUGGAGUUGAAAUUCUAGAUAAGUAGGAACAGAGAUCUUCCCCAAUCUCCAUUAAGAAAUAUUUGCUUCCCUUCAGAGCUACUGGAUGAGGGGGUCGUAUCCUAUGUAUUUCUACUCCUGAAGGAUAUGACAAUGGAAGCAAUAGAAAUUGAUGCCCUUUACCUAUUUUGUAGGAUUAGGGAAAUAGCUUCUUUAGACCUCAGUUAUGACCACCUGUCAAAAUUGACAAACUUGAAAGUUUCAAUAGCAUCCCCUUUUUCAUUCAGUAUCUUGUUGCCACACACAGCCAGUCCUUCUCUAAGUCUGGGCCUCCCUUUUAAGGAAGACUACCUUGCUUUGCCUUUGCUAAGAGUGGUGGAAUUAGAGAUUAAAGGAUAAAAUCAGUACAACCUUGAGCUCAACUGAAGACUGACGAAAACAGUUUACUGAGAUAAGUGCUGGGGUUUUGUGCCUCCUUCUCUUCUAUAAAGGAACAGAUUCAUUAACCCUAUAGGAGAAUGGAACCAGGCUGACUCAGAGUAGUAGGAAUAAGACUUCAUUCUGAGGUAACUUGAGAUACACUAGCCUAGGGUAAAAGAACUGUGCCGCCCAGUGAUCUUUCCAUAAUUGUUUGGGGGCAAUAGCAGAUUGCCAUCAUAGAGCAGGAUUGCAGGCUUACUCCUAAGGCCAGGCCUGGGUUAAAGGUAAAUGAACUGCUGAGCAUGCCUGCCUGUGCUCAGAAGAGUACCUGUUACAUAUACAAGUUUGAUUUUAAGUUUUAGUUUGUUGUACAUUGAAAUUUGGAGCUAUAUUUUAUUUUGGUUGUCAUAUGAAUGUUACUUGUUCCCUCCACUCAAAAAGUCCAAGCUUGUAUGUGUGCUUGUGUGUAUGCGUGUGUGUGCGUAUGUGUGCACGUGUGCACACAUGCACAGCUCUAUGUAUAUAUGUGAGGAUUUGCCCAUUUCUAGAAAUACACUAAUGUAUGACUGUUGCUCUUGUCUUUAUGAAAUGCUCACUAAGUAACUUUGUUCAGGCUGGAAAAACUCCACAGUGUAGGUAUCUGACUCCAUAAGCAGGGGGAACAGUAGUCUGGGUCAGCUGUGCUGAGGUACCUUGCUGGCAAUGGUGCCUCAACAAAAUAGCUGCUCAGGUGGACCUCGGGUUAUGUUCUAACUCUGCUGCUCAGUUCCCAGUGCAUGUUUCUGGAUCAGAACCACAAGACUGUCUUUGCCUAUCUAUGGAAAAGGGAGGAACCAUGUGCAAUGUCUGUCAUUCUGAAAAACAGAGACCUGUAUACCAUCUCCCUUUUCCUUUGCAGAAAUCAUUAUUCCUUGACCAAGAGCUCUUUCUUUCAUCAGCUUCAGUAGCAUAAUUGAGUUAUGCCUUCCUGCCUCUUUUCUGGGGAUUAAACAAUUUUCCCGCUUUCAAAAGAGGAUUUUACUGUUUAAAUAGAAACCAAAUGAUGAGGUUGUUAUACAGCCUGAGAUGGUUAUAGCUAUAUGUCUGUUUCUUCUAUCAUAUUUCCCUUGAGCUUGUCAGAAUGCUUGAGCUGAACAUAUCCUUUCUGACAGGAAUAUUAUGUGAAUUGGAAACUGCAGGUCAAAUUGUACUUUAGUUUGUAUUUUAUCCUGAAGUGGCCAACAUGACCAAGAGCUGGUGAGUGAGACCCAGAACUCUGACAAAUACGUGAAAAACAGCCCAGAUGCAGAAAAUAGAGUUGAUAUAGGAUUGCCUUGAACUCCAUUUAACCAAUGUGGAAGUGGGGAAAUGAUAUAAAAGAAAACUUGUUUGGCAGGUGAACAUUAUACUUUUAAGGCAGCCUCCCUCUGGUGCUUUUCUUCUCUCAAAAAUAACCACAGAAAUAUUGGGAUAAAGUAAGUAAACAGUAGACUGUCUUAGAGGAUGCUGGUAUGCUGAAGGGCUUUGUUCUGAAUUAGACCAAAAUGCAUAAGGUUCCAUAAGACAUUCCUAACACAUGGGUGGGUCACUCUGCCUGCCUGCCUGCUUGCCUGCCAGGAAUACAUAUUAUAUUAUGAAUCAUCCAGAUUGUCUUCUAGCCAGAGAAGUCUAGAAAUGAGUCCACCAAGCUCAAGAAAACUCUCCACUGAGUAGGUAGAAGUUUGAGCUGUUCAUGCAUCCACAAUCACAUUUAUCAGAAUGAUUUUAUAAUCUUCCACUUUUUGCUACGGUCUAUCUCUGGUUUCAUUUUUAAAACUACAUGUUAAGACAUCCUGGAUGCAUAGCCCAAGUUCACAAAUCAAGGAAUGAAGCACUUUCAUAAGAAUCCUUCAAUCUAAUUGGAUUAUUUGCCAUUUAAAUGCCUGCAUGCUGCUUGAAUUUCAUCAGUCAUCCCUCCACUAUCAAUUGAACUAGAGUGUCAUACAGACCAAGCUUUAGGUUCUUGUCACUUUCUUUUCUAACUCUUACUGAAUGUAGAUUUGUUGCCAAGUUUCUGAGAAGUGUCGAUUCUUUGUUAACUCGGGAAACCCUUCCUGCCCCAGGAUUCUAUUUGUGAAGAUUAGGCUUGCCCAAAACAGUGACUCCUGACUUUUCAACAUUUGGGACUGAGGAAACCCCCCACCAAAAUGUGGUUAUUACAACUUCUAAAAAUCCUAAACCAAUGUUUGGAACUGAACAGAAAUGAUUGGACCUGACUCUUUUGCACUCUGGAAGGGCUGGCAGCUGGUACUGUCUUAGGAAUAGCAGCCCUUCUCUCUCCUCCUAGCCCAGUCCAGGAUAUCUCAUGGAUCUAGAAAGAGAUGCUGUCAAGGUUGCUUUUGUAUAGAAGAACUGUCUUGGGGAAAUCUUACAUCUCCUUGGAGUUAAUACUGAUCUUAAAUCUUCUCUUUGACUACCUUUAGACAAAGAACAUGUCAAUAGUUAGAGCUUUAGGUUUUACAGCUGAUAUUUAUUUGUAUCACUUCUUUCUUUGUCUAGGAAUGUAAAAGUGAUUCUAAACUGAGAUGUGUAAUAAAAUCAUUCAGAUUUAUUAUACCUACAAAAA